AUGGCUGACGAGUCUCCCAGUGUCUACAACCUAAUUGAGGAGCUCGGCUUCCUUCCAAGCGAGCACCAAUUCUUGAUUCGUCUUUUCAGCUCAUCCGACCCAUUUGCGGGCCUCCCUAGCUCAGACAUAGACGAAAAUCAAUCUGGCCAGCUCAGCUCUACCAGUACUGCUCGCAGACUCGCAUCUACUAGGCUCUGGCAAGAUAUUUUCCCGCUUACUGGAGGAAGAGAUCUGGUUCACUACGAACGAGAGUGGACUUCCCUCAUCGGCACUGACUCGGAAUCUCUGUUCUCAGAGUUACUCCAACAGCUUGCAACGGAAGACGUACCACCCUGCCUCGAGUCCCCUGAGCUUCACGAACACCCUAACGCAUCGGAGAACGUUGUACGCCCCGGAUCCGUUGAACCUGCAAGCUCUUCAGUCUACAGCGAAACAGGUGAGCCACCCGAAUCUGUUGAUAACAUCAACGAGACCCCUGGCGCCCAAGGCAAUUGCGAAGAAUCCCAGGACCCGAGGACUUUAACCCACCCUGGAAGCUUUGAGCGGCUACUUGAAUCAUUCCCAAGACCUCCCGGUCGCAACCAAAGGGUCAGGGAGCAAAGUUUCUCCCACAUUUCUUCUGACGCCCAACAAGUGCCACCGAAAGACAGUGCCCAGGCUAAUACCUCGACGCUCGCCAACAGUCAGAUCGAACCUGUAUCCAGCCUACCUCGGAUUUCCCGAUUCUCGGAAGUUUUGGGGAAUAGUAACCCGAUCGGAGAGCAAGAUUCUGCCAGCAUCUGUGCCAAAACUGAUACAUCUGCACACGACAACAGUGGGCUAGGAAAUACCUCAACUAGUCCUCCUGGAAUUUCCCCGCCGUCUUGUAACGACACUUCAACGGUCAUCAGCACUCGAAACAUCUCCCCUCAGAUUCCUUCGCUGCUUCCUAGCGCCUCUUUCAGAGAUUCACGUCUCCCCAUUGACUAUCAGGAGGGACAACAAGUGAGUGUCGAAAGCCCCCACCAGGCUCAGGGGCGCGGAAAUCGAUACACCAUUUUCCCUGGAUAUCCCCCGCGAGUUCGUCCGAUUGGCUACGUGAUCAGAAAGCAGCACUCCUUCCGCACUAUCUUCGAAGGGUGCCCCUCACCUAGAGAUUCCCCUCGGUAUUACCAGAAGUCGCCUCUGCGUAUCUCUACUCGCCCAUCCACAAUCUCUUUCAACUCGGGAAAGAAGAGCACACCAAAGCACAAGAGAGUCUUGAAGCGCUUUGAGAAGUCAAAUAUCUUUACACUGCCUUCACAAUCGCCUCACCCAGCCCCCGUCUCUAUCUUUACUCCUUGCUCACUUUACGCCCGUAUCAUUCUUACAGCUAUCUUACUUAAUGAUCAUUCUAACAUACUUCACACCUGGCUCAUUUCAAGCAUAUCUUCACUCACAAUGGAUUCUCAAACAUCUCGUCUGUUAGACCCAUCCUCUGCCAUGGCGGCCAUUACCAAGCACAAGGCGGAAGCGAUCAAGCUAGCUCGUGAACAAGGUGUGGCUGUCCAAGAGAUGUGUCGUCGUGCGAAAACUGAGGUUCCACCAUACGAGUUUGAAGAAUUGAUAGGCAAAGGUGCUUAUGGUCGUGUUUACAAGGGUCGCCAAAGGCCGUUGGGUCGGCUGGUUGCCAUCAAAGUCCUGGAUAUUGACUCGCUAGACUACAAGUCGGUUCGAGAUUUCAGAGAUGAGUCAAUAAAAGACUUCAUCCAUGAGACCAAGGUGAUGAAGCAAGUGAAGGAUUCCGGUGCCAAAAAUAUCAACGAAAUCAUUGAAGCCAUCUCCAUUCACUCUCAGUUGUGGCUGGUCUGUGAGUACUGUCCCGGUGGCAGUGUCCGUACAUUGAUGCGUGCAACAAACGACAAGCUUGAUGAGAAAUACAUUAUUCCGAUCGCUCGCGAGCUCGCUAUUGGACUUCACGCAAUUCACGGCGCUGGGAUCAUCCAUCGCGAUGUGAAAGCUGCAAACAUUCUUGUUCAUGAAGAAGGUCGUCUGGAGAUCUGUGACUUCGGUGUUGCUGGUGUUCUCCAAUCACAGCGAGACAAACGAUCCACCUGGAUUGGUACACCACACUGGAUGCCGCCAGAGAUGUUUGCAACUCGCGGAGAGCCCCAUCAAUACGGGAAUGAGAUCGAUGUGUGGGCGUACGGGUGCACACUGUUUGAAUUUGCGAACGGGAACCCGCCAAACGCAGGCCUGCGAGAACGAAUGCAAAUCGGUCGCCAACUAAAUCGCAAGACUCCCCAGCUGGACAGCGAUAAGUACAGCCAAGGCUUGAAAGACCUUAUUGCCUACGCUCUGGACUCUAAUCCAGACACCCGCCCCACGAUGGCAGACAUUCUCGCCCACCCCUACAUUGCCGAUACGGAAGAGAAAUAUCCGACUGCCUCUGUGAGUGAGCUGGUGAGAAACUAUUACCAGUGGUCCCAGCGAGGAGGCCAACGGAUUUCUUUGUUCCACCCAGGCGGCGCCGCGGCAGCUGAACUCCCAGGCAUCGAGGAGUCAGAAGAUGACUGGAAUUUCAGUACAACAGAUGGUUUCGAGCGAAGAUUUUCUGUCAUAGACCUGGAUGAAAUUGCGGCCUCGCUAGCGGAGAUGGAGAAGUCAAUCAGUCCUACCGACAUAACGCCUGAGCAGGACAUGUACGAAAAGUUUUCGGAGGACGAUCUUAACUAUGAAGAUAAAGCCAAUUUCGAUGAGCGUGUGCGCCGCGGCGCAGUGGCAAUGGAAGGCCUGUUUGACGAAGAAAAGCCCAGCUACAAAUACGAAACGAAAAAUGACUUUGUCCCUAUCGAACCCGAGCAGCCCACUUCAGAUCUUCCCCUUCGUGCGGAAACAGACCGUUCGUCUGUCACGUCAACUUUUCUCGAUAUCGACAUCGGGUCAUUCGAGGCGUCGCACUACGCAGCAGGAGCUCCAUCAGCGCAGCCUUUCCAACUGGUCGACGCAGACACUAUCCGAGCGAACCGUUCCAGUCUUCGAUUGAACAGGACCUCCUCUGAGAAUAGCUCAAAGUCGUCUGAUAGCCGCGCGAAUGACGUUGAAAAUCUCGAAGAUACGUUUGUACCAUCUGGUCCUCGACCUCCCACUAUGGACUGGAAAUUCCCGUCGUUUGUACAAGAUGAAGAUGAACAACCGGAAGAAAAAGAGGAGGGAGUUCCUGCACAGGAGCCCAUAAAAGAGGAGUCCUUCCAGGCUGAGAAGCGAGCGACAAUGCAGUGGACAUUCCCAGUCAUGGGUUCUGUACCCGAGAGCGAAAGCUACGAUGACCGACAUGACACCCUCCGGGCUCCGCUGCCUGAGGUUCAGCCUCCGCCGCAGUCGCAGCCUCCGCCAGCGGAUGAACCAGGCGACUCACGUCCUUCGACUUCGGCAUCAAAUACUUCCGACUCAGAUUACGACCCCUUCCGCUUCGAUCGCCCGACCACCCCCCAGGGCGCAAACUCGGUUCAUCACAGUCAUUUCUUCGACACGGAACUGCCCGCGAUGAUGGAAUUAGCCGGUUACAAUGAAUAUGAGGCUUCCGGAGUCCUCGAUGGCCCUGGCCCAGACGAAGAAUCUCACCCUGUAUGGAAGGUGCACUCCAGGACUUCCUCAUACGAAGAUAGUAUGACAGCUUUACCCACCGCCAUUCCAGUUCCCCAAACCCCCACUGCUUCCUCGGUGACUUCAGGCCCGGUCUCGGAACCGGGAUCUCCCGUGUUCGAAACUGUACGAAAUGUACGACAUGACGUAUCUGAAGCUCCCAUGACACAGGCGGAAGAUAAGGGACCAAUCCUCUUCCCAGCUCUCGAUCCCCCAAGUGCGGCAAGUCUGAUGGAGGGUAUGGACGAUGGUGUGGUGACAGCAGAACUUGACCGUUUACUGGCUGAUUUCUUAGAGUCGCUUUCGGCAACAGGUGAGGCGUUGUCACGGGCCGAGAUCAAGCAUGAGACGAAUGGCGUUCAGCUUGUUGAGCAGGUCUAG